UCAUCUCUCUGUUUUCUUCCUUUGAGUUCAUAGAGAGAAAAGUAGUGAGAGUUUUUGAGAGAAAGAGGAAAAGUUUGAUUUUUUUUUCUUUCUCUCAUUUACCAAAUGAUCGCAAAUGUAUGGUUUAUUUGGACUGGGUUAGAGUUUGAAUGAUUUUGAACUCUUUUGUUUUGUUUGGUUGUGUGGAAUUUCAGGGUCUGGUGAUAUAGGUGUAUAAGAUUUUUGUGAAUUUGGUAGGUGCAAUGGGUUCAAGAUUCUUCAACCCAAAUAACCCUUCUGGGUCAGUAAACUCUGGUGAACACAUUGAAUUGAAUAGUAGCUCCUGUACUUAUGAUCUUGAUAGUGAAGCUGGGAGUCGUGAGUAUGCAACCUACACAGUCCAUUUACCCCCUACACCAGACAACAGACCCUCUGGACUGGAUAUCCAGUUGGACGGAAGGGUCUCACAGAGAAUCGAGGAGCACUAUACAGCCAAUUCUAUAUUUACUGGUGGGCAUAAUAAUGUUACUCGGGCCCAUCUGAUGGACAAGGUGGCCGAGUCCGAAGCGAGCCACCCCCAGAUGGCGGGUUCUAAGGGGUCUACCUGUGCCAUUCCAGGGUGUGAUGCCAAGAUCAUGACUGAUGAGAGGGGAGAAGAUAUUCUCCCUUGUGAAUGCGAUUUCAAGAUUUGUAGGGAUUGUCAUGUUGAUGCAGUUAGGACUGGUGAUGGGAUUUGCCCUGGUUGUAAAGAGCCUUACAAGGGUGAAUUUGCAGCGGUUGAUAAUGGCCGGGUUUUGACCUUGUCAUCGACUGUUGGGGUGUUCAAGGAGGAAAGGAGGCUGUCUUUGUUGAAAUCUUCAUCACCAAGGUCGACAUUGAUGAAGAGCCAGACGGCAGAAUUUGAUCACAAUGGAUGGUUGUUUGAAACAAAAGGCACUUAUGGAUAUGGAAAUGCUAUAUGGCCAGAGGAGGGUGGAAAUGCGAAUGGAGAAAUUGAAAAUGCAGGUGAAUCCAUUAAGCUUCUCAGCAAACCAUGGAGGCCCCUGACUCGCAAGCUGUCUAUAAGAGCGGCAGUCCUCAGCCCAUAUCGGCUUCUAGUCUUAGUCCGAAUGGCUUUUCUUGGAUUAUUUCUGACAUGGAGGAUUAGAAACCCUAAUGAGGAUGCAAUGUGGCUAUGGGGUAUGUCUGUGGUGUGUGAGAUCUGGUUCGCCUUUUCUUGGUUACUCGAUCAGCUUCCAAAGCUCUGCCCUAUUAAUCGUUGUGCUGACCUCAAUGUCUUAAAAGAGAAAUUUGAAACACCUAAUCCCAGAAACCCCACAGGAAAAUCUGAUCUUCCUGGAAUAGAUAUGUUUGUAUCAACUGCAGAUCCAGAGAAAGAACCCCCUCUUGUCACUGCAAACACCAUUUUGUCUAUCCUGGCAGCUGAUUAUCCAGUUGAGAAGCUCUCCUGUUAUGUUUCUGAUGAUGGAGGUGCCCUUCUGACCUUUGAGGCCAUGGCUGAAGCUGCAAGUUUUGCCAAUUUGUGGGUCCCAUUUUGCCGAAAGCAUGAUAUUGAGCCAAGGAACCCGGAAUCUUAUUUCACUCUGAAGAGAGAUCCUUAUAAGAACAAGGUACGCCCAGAUUUUGUCAGAGAUCGUAGACGAGUAAAGAGAGAGUAUGAUGAGUAUAAGGUUCGCAUUAAUGGCCUUCCUGAUUCAAUCCGACGUCGUUCUGAUGCCUAUAAUGCUCGGGAGGAGAUAAAAGCUUUGAAGCUUCAGAGACAGAAUAAAAAUGAUGAUGAGACACUGGAAAGUGUGAAGGUUCCAAAGGCUACCUGGAUGGCUGAUGGAACUCAUUGGCCGGGAACUUGGGUGGUUCCUGGACCUGAGCACUCUAAGGGUGAUCAUGCUGGAAUCAUACAGGUGAUGUUGAAGCCUCCCAGUGAUGAACCACUAAAUGGCAGUUCCAUUGAUGCAAAGCCCAUUGAUCUAACUGAAAUUGACAUUCGUCUCCCCAUGCUGGUUUAUGUUUCCCGUGAAAAGCGUCCUGGUUAUGACCACAACAAGAAGGCUGGUGCCAUGAAUGCCCUGGUUCGAGCCUCGGCCAUCAUGUCCAAUGGCCCUUUCAUUCUAAACCUUGACUGCGACCACUACAUCUACUACUCUGAAGCAUUGAGAGAAGGCAUGUGCUACAUGAUGGAUCGUGGUGGUGACCGCCUUUGUUAUGUCCAGUUUCCCCAGAGGUUUGAAGGAAUUGACCCUUCUGAUCGCUAUGCAAACCGCAACACGGUUUUCUUCGAUGUCAACAUGCGGGCCCUUGAUGGACUUCAAGGUCCCAUGUAUGUGGGAACUGGAUGCCUCUUCAGGAGGACUGCCCUUUAUGGUUUUGAUCCACCUCGGUCAAAGGAACACCCUGGUUGCUGCAGCUGCUGCUUUGGCCGUGGCAAGAAGAAGCCUGCAAGUGUUGCCAAUGCCCCUGAAGAGGAAGAUGAGUCACAUAGAUUGCGAGAAACUGAUGAUGAAAUGAGCUUAGCUCUUCUUCCAAAGAGUUUUGGAAAUUCAAGUUUCCUGAUUGAUUCAAUCCCAGUGGCAGAGUUCCAAGGCAGGCCUCUGGCUGAUCAUCCCUCUGUGAAGAAUGGACGACAACCUGGUGCUCUCACCAUUUCUAGGGAGCCGCUUGGUGCGGCUACAGUGGCAGAGGCAAUCAGUGUCAUCUCAUGUUGGUACGAGGAUAAAACCGAAUGGGGCCAGCGAGUUGGGUGGAUUUACGGGUCAGUGACAGAAGAUGUAGUAACAGGGUAUAGGAUGCACAACCGUGGAUGGAGAUCCAUCUAUUGUGUGACCAAGCGGGAUGCCUUCCGUGGGACUGCCCCGAUCAAUCUCACUGAUAGGCUACACCAGGUGCUCAGGUGGGCUACUGGCUCAGUCGAGAUAUUUUUCUCUCGUAAUAAUGCUCUUCUGGCCAGCCAUAGGAUGAAGUUUCUGCAGAAGAUUGCUUACAUGAAUGUUGGAAUUUAUCCCUUCACUUCCAUUUUCCUCGUUGUGUACUGCUUCCUCCCUGCACUUUCCCUCUUCUCGGGCGAGUUCAUCGUUCAAUCCCUCAGUGUGGCCUUCCUCUCAUACCUUCUGGGCAUCACCAUAACCCUCUGUCUACUUGCUGUGCUGGAGAUCAAGUGGUCCGGCAUUACAUUGGAGGAAUGGUGGCGAAAUGAGCAGUUCUGGUUGAUUGGAGGCACCAGUGCCCAUCUUGCUGCUGUGAUCCAGGGCUUACUAAAGGUGGUGGCAGGCAUUGAGAUCUCCUUCACUUUGACGUCAAAAUCAGCUGGUGAUGAUGCAGACGAAGACUUCGCUGAUCUCCAUCUUAUCAAAUGGACAUUCCUGAUGAUACCACCAAUCACAAUCAUCAUAACCAACUUGAUUGGCAUAGCUGUUGGGGUCGUCAGAACAAUAUACAGCGAACUCCCACAGUGGAGCCGUUUGUUAGGAGGCGUGUUCUUCAGCUUCUGGGUGUUGGUUCAUCUCUACCCUUUUGCCAAAGGACUGAUGGGAAGACGGGGGAGGACACCGACAAUUGUGUUUGUUUGGGCGGGACUCAUUGCAAUCACCAUUUCCCUCCUCUGGGUGCUUGAUCCUCCAUCCAGCAGUUCUGGAAUUUGAGGGUCGUUUGAGUUCCCAUGAUCUUCCAUUCUCAUUCUCCAUUCGUUCAUACCUUGUAACAAAGUCUGGGCUUGGCUCUUAUUUACAGCAACUCAUGGACUCCAUUGCCCAUUGUUUAAUCCUGGGAUCAAAGGGUUGCAUACAUCUUACACAUGUAUUCUUUUAUAAUUUAGAGGAUUUAUAGAAGAUUAAAGCCCGAUUCAUUCCAUAGAGACUUUCAAGUUCAGCUCUGUAUCUUUCUGCGACCCAUUUGGAAAACAGACUACAUAGCAGGAUCAUUUUUCAUUUUUCUUGCAUUCUCUAACUUUUUCUCUCAAUCAGUUUUGUUCAUAUCACAGUGUACACAUUUCUGGAAAUAAAAUCAAUUGAUUGUGAUUUAAA